AUGCAACCACCCAUGUUGGCGAUUCAACCUAGCCAUGUGUCGUUUUAUCCCCCUUACAACGGGGGAAGAAUUCCAAAUGGUCCAGGACCAGUUCCAGGGCCAGUACCUCCAGGAUUUCCAAACUACCCUCCUCCACAAUAUAUGUCUGGUCCUCCAAUGGUUGCUCCUCCAUAUGGAUACAUGUACCCAUAUCCGCCUCCACCGCAACAACAACCCCUGCCCCAACCCAUGCAAAUGCAACCUCAAUUACCUCCACAACCUCAACCACCUCAACAACUCCAGAACCAACUACCAUCCCACCAUCACCAAUUGCCACCGUCAUCAAACCUACCAAUGAAAAACUACAAUCUGUCUAUAAAGUUACCCCUGAUCAAUAUUCAAAAUAAGAGGACUCCUGGAAUCAGCCCGUCACCGGACGUGCUUAGGACCCCUGAGGUCAAGAAGGCCCCAGAGGUUAAGAAGUCACCUGAGGUAAAGCGAACCUCGGACAUUAUAAAUCCAGAAGCAAGGGAGACACCAAAACCUAAACCCAGAGAAAUUAUCCCUCUUCCUACAGUUAAGAAAGAAGCUGAAAAAUGCUGUUCCAAGUGUAGGAGUACCACUCCUGUUGCAAUCGAUUUUACUGCUUCCUAUAAAUCAGAAUCUUCAAAUCCCUUACAAAAUACUGAGACUGCAUCUACAAAAAAUACGUUGAAAAAGCCAACGGUGUCUACUCCAAGAGAUAAAUCUCCUGGUAUGUCAAUCGGAGGACUAUUGAACGAUAAAUAA